AUGUGUAAAACAGCCAUUCCUGAAUAUAGAAGUCGUGCAGUCAUGUUUAUUGAGUAACACACGGAGUGCUCCAAGCCCCUGUCCUGGCGCACGUACAAAGCUAUGCGUGACGUCAGUUCCCUUAUUAAACAGGGAGUCCUCGUCGUCCGUUCCUGCCCCUCGUGACGUCACGUCAGAGCCGCGUCCUUCUCCUCCAGCCGAGCCCCCACCUGUACCCGGCAGCUGUGUGACCGAGACAGCGAGUCCGUGAGGUGACCGAGGACAGCGGAUACCGGGGAGUGUGGAUCAUCUCGGUUGGGAGCAUUUUCCUCAUCAAGUGACUGGCAGUCGCUGGCAUGUCAGAGGGGAGGAAUCAGGACCCCGGACAGUUCAAUGGUGGCGGAGGCAAAGUGCCACCUCGAGGCACUGAGAAAAAAGGCUCUUGGGCCUCAUAUAUGACAAACGUCCCGACCCUGAUUGUCAUGAUUGGGUUGCCUGCUAGAGGGAAGACGUACAUGUCAAAGAAGUUAACCCGAUACCUCAACUGGAUCGGUGUGCCCACAAAAGUGUUUAAUCUAGGGGCAUAUCGUCGGGAAGUGGUCAGAUCCUACAAGUCUUAUGAGUUUUUUCGUCAUGACAAUGCAGAGGCCAUGAGAAUUCGCAAGCAGUGUGCUCUGAUCGCCUUGGAAGAUGUGAAGUUUUAUCUAACAGAGGAAGGAGGCCAGAUUGGUGUUUUUGACGCCACGAAUACCACUCGGGAAAGAAGAGAUCUUAUUUCAGACUUUGCCAAGGAAAAUUCUUUCAAGGUUUUUUUCGUGGAGUCCGAAUGUGAUGACCCAGAAGUAAUUGCUUCUAAUAUCCUGGAGGUGAAAGUGUCUAGUCCUGACUAUCCUGAAAGACAUCGUGAGAAUGUCAUGGAUGACUUCCUUAAGAGGAUUGAAUGCUAUAAGGUUACUUACGAGCCACUGGACCCAGAUUCUUAUGACAAGGACCAUUCUCUUAUAAAGGUUAUCAAUGUGGGACAGAGAUUCCUGGUCAACAAGGUGCAGGACUACAUACAAAGUAAAAUUGUCUACUACCUCAUGAACAUUCAUGUACAGCCUCGGACCAUCUACCUGUGCCGACAUGGCGAAAGUGAAUGUAAUCUAGCUGGGAGGAUUGGAGGAGACUCUGGCCUCUCGUCACGAGGAAAACAAUUUGCCAAGGAACUCCGAAAGUUUAUUGAACAGCAGGAAAUUGCGGACCUGAAGGUGUGGACCAGUCAACUGAAGAGAACAAUUCAGACAGCAGAAGCCCUUGGGGUGGCUUAUGAGCAGUGGAAGAUUCUGAAUGAGAUUGAUGCUGGGGUUUGUGAGGAGAUGACUUAUAAGGAGAUUGAGGAAAAAUACCCAGAAGAGUUUUCUCUGAGAGAUCAGGAUAAAUAUCUCUAUCGCUACCCAGGAGGAGAGUCCUAUCAAGAUCUAGUUCAGCGCCUGGAACCUGUCAUAAUGGAAUUGGAACGUCAGGGGAACAUCCUGGUCGUUUGUCACCAAGCUGUCAUGAGGUGUCUUUUGGCUUUCUUCCUGGAUAAAAAUGCAGAUGACUUGCCUUACCUCCGUUGUCCCCUGCACACCGUACUGAAGCUGACACCAGUGGCUUAUGGCUGUAAAGUAGAAAUGAUCAACUUAAAUGUGGAUGCAGUGGACACGCACCGAGAGAAGCCAGCGGGCACCUUUGAUGUGAAUCAAGCACCUAUGCGAAUGAGGCGGAACAGCUUCACUCCUCUGUCCAGCUCUGACACGGUCAGACGACCACGAAACUACAGUGUUGGGAGCCGCCCGCGUGAUCCAGUGGGGACGGAAAGAUUCAGAAUGGCCCCUGAUGGGUCUGACCGCCCGCUGAAACAGCGUUCUCUGGAAACCACCUACAUGGGAGCAGCUGAUACUAAUGGUUGUGAUGCCUUUCAGUCUCUCUCUGCCGCUGUGUAAAUGGCUGAAGAUUCUGCCGAAUGUUCUUCUGUUUCAUCCAUUUAGUCUGUUUCAUGGUUUAUAACUGCUGCGCAUGUCUCUUCCCAUUCAAGAGGCCUUUCUCACACACCGCUUUCGGCUUUAAAGCUUAAAAAGGUUCUACAUGUAUACUGUCUAUAGUGUCACUCAGUGUGUGAAGACUGAAGAACGACCUUGGAUAUGGAAUUUAUAAGUAUCUGCAGGAACCAGCUGUGGGACUUGAUGAAUGGCAUCGUAUACCAGCUUGUUCUUUACAUUCUAGCUACAGAAAACAUCUUCUGCUCUGUGUAAAUGCAGUUGUCUGUCAGAGUAUUAUAAAUCUAUGUAUAGUGUAUUUAAGGCGACACCCUUUCCCCCCGGAUCAAGAAAGAAAUUCGCAUGAAAUGGAGAAUGAACAGAACCCUUACCUGUUGCCCUUCUUUUCAGCUCCAGAUCAACCAGUUUCCCGGCUCCUCUUCUGCCAUCAAAGAUGGCCAUACUGCUUCUCAGGCUAUUUGAUGCAAACUGCAUAUGGUGGUCGGAGACACUGCCUGCUGCUCUGGGAUUGGCCAGCGUUGCUCACAUGAGUGCUGCUGGCCAAUCCAAGAGCAGGUCUGGACAAGCGGGAAGCAUCUUGGACUACUGAUCCGAUCUUGGAUAGUGGAGAAGGCAUCUAGGAAUCUGCAGCUGUAAAGAUGAGAGGAGGUCACUAUGUAAUGGAUUUCUGUUCGUUACCAAGGAAAUAUAUAUAUAUUUUUUUUAUUAUUAUUUUUACCUUGAACAGCAGGAUUGCUUUUACUGGAAAACACAAUUCUUGUGCCAACUGGUGUUAUUGAUGCAUAUCUGGCAUUUUAGGGGCUAUUGGGAAAGUUGAAUUUCUGAAUUCACCAUUUAAAGGGAUCCUGCCACCAUAAAAAUGCAGUGUAAUGUACAAGCAGCAUGUUAUAGAGCAGGAGGAGCUGAGCAGAUUGAUGUAUAGUUUUAUGAGAAGUUAUUCAGCUAGGCUUGUAAAUUGUACAUUUAUAUCUUUGCCCUUGCUAUACUUAGGAGUCCAUUGCCAUCUUGUCAGUGGUAGACAGUCUUUCCUGUGUGACUGCAUACAGAAAUAGCUGUCAGUCACUGAAUGGGACCGCCCACUGGACUCCUAAGUACAGAAAGAGCAGAGAUUUCAAUGGACAAGUUACACUGUAUCUCUUUCCAUAAAACAAAACCUCCAUCUGCUCUAUAACACGCUGCCUGCAGAUUGCAAUGUAUUUCCCUGAUGACGGGAUCUCGGGUGGCUGUAGGCAAUUGCUGCUUGGCAGGGACAUUCUGUAGUAAGCAGAACUACUGCUUGACUUUGCAUUGCUGGAUCCUGUUCUUAGAUUAUUAUCAGUACUAUACAGUCAGAUGCUACAGGGUUGCCAGCCAUGUGUAAAUUUGCAGACUGUCCACACCCAAAAAAAAGUUUAGUUCUUUUCCUGCUGUUCAUAGUGUCCUGCAGAACAAAAACCCAUCUGUGAUUUUUUAUUUUUAUAUAUUUUUUUUGUACUGCACGAUGCAAGGUGUCCCAUCUGGGGGGCGUACACUCUACAGCUCCACCCCGAGGUGUAGUCCAGGGAGAGCACUAGGCAGGGACAUGUGAGGAGGUCUGUGAGACGGAAGAGAGGAGGUGACUGAAGGGGAGGUGACGGUUCUCAUAUGGUGACAGGUGCUGUAUAACCAGUGGGUAGCAGGGUGGGCUCAUUGAUCAAUUCAGCACACUUCGGAGGCACCAGCAGUAUGUUUUACUUUAACAUUGACAUUCACUUGGUUCAGUCUCCCAUCUUUGUCUCCUAUUGAGGAUUGCCAGCAGUCUGUAAAUUUACAGACUGUCCGCCAAAAGGAGUGCUCCAGCACUGAUGCCAACGUCGCUCCCUGACAGCCAUUGUUGCAUGGCAGCUGCGGUGAUGCCAGUAAGUACAGCACACUGUCACUGCUGCUAGGUAAAAAUAGUCUUGGCACUGGGGCGACAGGUGAGAAUUGUGGGGAUUUUUUCAGACACUGCUGGCAGUUUCUUAUUUUUUUUAUUUUUUAUGGGGCAACCUGUGUAAUUUUGGGAUCUUGUGUGACUCAUGGGCAUGAUGGUGGGGUGUCGUCUGCAAAAAGGGGUUACAUUUUUAAUAUAUGAAAAAGCGACAGAGCUAUACAAGAAUUAACGUUUAAAAUUAGGCAAAUAUUGCAGAAAUUGCUUUAGUCAGUGUAAAGCUAGACUCUACUGCAGCCAUUCUUAGUAGUGAUAAUCGGGAGCAUGGCCACAUUUUAUUAAAGGGAUCUGUCAGUCAUUGUACUUGUACAUGAUUUUGUUUAGUGUCCAUAGAGUGGUAAGCUCCUACUAUGUCAGUGUAAAUUUAGGUAAGUGGUCAAUGUGUAUUUGCAAUAUCUAGUUUGCUUGGCUUGUCCUCCCACAAAUUGCUUAUUAAACCUGAUUCAUACAUUUGUUAAAGGGUUUGUUGGAGUACAGUUUUUAGUUUACCAAAGUGAUUGGGGGUCUGUUAAAAUAAUUUUAAAAAAGUACCUUCCCAUCCUGCUCUCGCUCCGAUCGAGCACUGCCGCUGUGUCAUAUUUCCAGGCAGCAGCCAGUGACCUAUUGUUUGGGUGCAGCCAAUCACUGACCUCAGUGGUCUUGCACUGGAUACUGCUGAGGCCAGUGACUGGCUGCAGAAUAUCACCGCUGCAAACAAUACAUCAUUGGCUGCAUCCUGGUAACAUGACAGAGGCGGCACAGGUAAGGAGUUUUUAUUAUUUUACCAGCCCACCCCCAUCACUUGGUUAAAAAAAACAAAAACCUUAGACAACCCCACUUUUUCUGUUCUAUGCUCUUUACCUUGGAAAAAUACUGCAGAAACUACUUUUGUUACUCUGAUAUAGAGUCCCGCCUUCCUUACCAUUUCACCCCUUUAAUAUUUUAAUGAUGUGCCAUUCUAAAUCUUUUUUUUUUUUUUUUUUUUUUUUUUUUUUUAUACGUAUUUUUUAAUUUUAGAAUGUGCAAAAAGGUUGGAAUACACAAACACCACACAAAUUUUACACAAGUCAAACGUUUGUAACUUUUAAUCACUGUAAAUGGUUAAUUCAAACACGGCACGUUUCAAUGUUCUUGCUUUCAUAUAGGUUCAUUUGGUAACAGCGAUGUCAUAUUAGUUUCAGGAGUACCUGACCUGGACCAGUGGCACUUGAUCCAGUGUGGUUUGUAUAUUUAAGAAGAUUACAUGUGUGUGUAGGUGUGUAUGAGCUUAAGGUUGCUGGUGAAACUGAAGUAGUUGUGUAAGGAAGAUGAGUGUAUAGUGGGUAUUUAUACUAUAUGUCAUGCCGCUGGUCCGAAGACUUUUUUUUUCUGUAAAAUCUGCAGUUAUUUCUGUGAUUGUUGUAAUAUACUGGUGUUUUUGUUGUGUUUACUGCUGGGUUACACUUGUUUCCUCUCAGUUUUAUACGACUUCUAAGAACUACGCUGAAUGGAACCAAUGUUUCUGAGCAUACAUUAAGUAACUAUGGAGUAUUCCUUUUAUAAUAGCUGUGAUAGCUACUUUAAAAGGGUUCUCCAGGAACUAUUUGAAAUGGCCGCAAGCAUCCUGUCCUGACUAGGGAUGAGCAAACCCGUGGAAGUUCAGGUUCGCUGGGUUCGGCCAAACUUCAGGUCAAAGUUCGGGAUUGGGACCCAAAAUUGACCCCAAACCGGGACCCCAUUGAAGUCAAUGGGGACCCGAACUUCACUUUCUUAUUUUCCGUUAAAACAUGGUUACGGCAGAAAAUAAUAGCAUUCUUAAGAUAGAAUGCAAAAGAAUCUGGUAAUUUAGGGUUUAAAAAAAAAUAAUAAUCUCACUUCAUCGCGCUGCCACAGUGUCUUCUAUCUUCUUUCAGUAGGACCUGCGCUGACUAGUGUUGGGCGAGCACGCUCGGCCGAAUAUAGCAUGUGCUCGAGCCAGUGUAUUUAAAUCUAAUUUAUCCUCUAUUUCUGAAAAGUUUCUGGUGGGAAUCGAACUCGCAACCUUCUUCAUUACAGCCAAGAAUGUUAACCACUACACCAUAGAGCUGCAUGGCCAGUUACUGAAAAAUACUUAAUAAUAGAAAUACUUACUAGUAGUAGGAGUUCGUAUACCGUCAGAAACUUUUCAGAAAUAGGGGCUAAAUUAAAUUUAUAUAUUUUAUA